AUGGUCUGGGGCUUCUUCAUCGUCAUUCCCGGCGUGCUCGCUCAAGUCGCCUCGCUCGCGGAAAUGUCCUCAGUACAACCCAUCGCAGGCGCGCAAUACCACUGGACAUGGCAUCUUGCACCACCGAAACACAGAAGGUUCAUCACUUGGAUUCAAGGGUGGAUUACAUGGUUCUCUUGGAUCUCGCUACUCUGCAGUGUGGUAAACACUUGCGCGAACAUCACGACGGCUUUGGUCGGCAUCAGCUACCCCGACUAUGCUCCGCAGGGCUGGCAUACACUCUUGAUCAUGUACGCCUACCUCAUUGUUUUCGGACUGAUGAACAUGUAUCUCUUCUGGAUCAUUCCGUGGGUGGAAUUUUUGGCUGGUAUACUUCACGUCGUCUUGUGGAUCGUGUUCACCACGGUACUGCUUACCUUGGCUCCCCGACAUUCAAGCCAUUUCGUCUUCUUUGAAGGAUCCAAGGUCGGCGGCUGGCAGAACGACUUUGUCUCGUUUAAUCUUGGUAUAAUCCUGAUCACGUGGGGUUUUGUGGGCUUCGACGCCGCCGCCCACAUUUCCGAAGAAACCCGGAAAGCCCGCUUCGCCAUCCCGCGAGCCAUGUUCUGGUCAAUCUGUAUCAACAGCACCCUCGCCUUCGGUUUCGUCUUGGUCCUGCUCUACUCCUUCGGCGACGUCUCAACCAACAUGUUCGCCGCCUAUCCGCUCGCAGUCAUCUGCUACAUCGCGACCGCCUCCGUCGCCGGCGCCUCCGUCAUGAUCGCCGGCCCCCUUACAAUCAACAUCUCCGUCGUCCUCGGCACCAUCGCCUCCACCUCCCGCCUCACCUGGGCCUGGGCCCGCGACGGCGCUCUACCGGCGUACUUCUCCUACGUCUCGCCGCGCCACCGCAUCCCCGUCCGCUCGGUUUGGCUGCCGAUCUUCAUGGUCAUGCUGCUCUCCCUCCUCAACCUGACAAACUCCUACACGGCCUUUGGUGUCAUCAUCGCGCUCUGCACCCUCGGACUCUACCAAUCCUACAUCAUCGCCAUCGCCUGCAUGCUGCACGCCCGCCUCACGCACCGCAUCGACGUCGCGCCGUGGUCGUUGGGGAGAUACGGGGUCCCGAUUAACGCGUUCGCGAUCGUGUACUCUGUAUAUCUGGGUUUCUGGAUGGUUUGGCCGAACUACCUGCCUAUCGAUGGGGCGGGGAUGAAUUACGCCCUGCCGAUUAAUGCGGCGGUGUGGCUUUUUGCGUUGGUGUUUUGGUUUGCGUGGGGGAGGAAGAAUUGGGCGGGUCUGGAUGCGAGGGUGAUUGAGAAGGUUGUUGGGGAUGCUGAUAAGGAUACUGUGGAUUAG